AUUUUUUUUUUUAAUUUUUAAAAAUCAAAAUUGAAUUUUUAAUAAUAAAAUAGAUUAUGUUGCUAGUAAUAAUUAAUUAUUUAAAUAAAUAGAACUUUUAAAUUUAGAAUACGACAGAAAAUGUUUUGAAAAUUAAUUUGUUUCUUAUGACAUUCACUUAGUUUUUUCAUUACGAAAUGGAAAAUAUUCAUAUUCUGAAAUCGUAUUUUAAUAGAGAAAAAGGGAACAAAACAACAAAUAAUUCAAGUCAAUAUGAAAUUUGUAAUUAUUUAUCUUCUCUUUCUAAACUUGAUCCAAAAAGUUUGUCACAAAAUGAUUAUAAUGAUUUAAUAAAAUAUUUGCCUUUUUCGCCAAAUGAAAAUAGUAAUGAUAUUGUAGCUGCUGCAUUUAAUGUUGUCGCAUCAUUAUGCUCGGAUGAAUCGGCAAGACAUAAUUUUGGAGAAAAAAUGAUCAAAAUAACUAUUGAUGCAUUUCAGACAUUUGCUUUACAAAAUGAUAUUGAAACUACAGAAGAAUGUUUAAUACAAACUGGUCGUGUAAUAGGGAACUUGUGUUAUUAUAAUGAAGCAAAUACUAAACGAGCAUUGGAAGAUGGAUGUCUAUCAAUUACAACAAAGCUAAUUAGCUUGAAUCAUAAACAAAGUACCCAGUUUAUUAUCAUUGGAUUAUUAAUGAACUUAACUCAUUUGCAUGAAUAUGAAUAUGAAUUUCCAGAUAAUAUGACAGAAGAAUUAAACUCUUUUGGGGUUUCUAACAUGAAUUAUAAGUUCAAUUGUCAAUUGUACUUUAACUUAGUAUCAGUAUUAAUCAAUGUUGUCCAAAAAUCUGCAAAAAAAAAUGAUAUAUCGAAGUAUGAAAAAUGUUCUAUUAUUGAUUGGUUGCUAGAAAACCAUAGCUCUCACAGUGAUAUUGCUUAUAUUUGUAUUAAGUUUAUCAAAACAGUUUCAAAAACAAGUAAUAAUUAUUGUUGGAUAUUAAAUGGAAAACAUAAAAUAAUGGCUGAAGUAUUGAAUGUUUAUGAAGAAAAACUUGAAGAAGACACAAACCAAAUUAUAAAAAAAAUAUGUAACACAAUAGUGUUACUAUCAAAUGAUGAUAGUGCUCAGGAAAUUGAUAAAAGAGAUGCCGUUUUGUAUCUAGUGGAAUGGUUAAUCAUUAAAAUGAAAUCAAAAAAUGUAUACAUACAAGUAUCAGCUAUAAGAUCAUUGGGAAAUUUUGCUCGAUUUAAUUACGAAUGUGGUAAUGAUGUUUAUAAAUACCCGGCAAAUUUAAUAGAAAGUAAUAUGGGAUGGUUCCUUGAUAUUUUAAUAAAUUCCGGGAAGGAAAAAAGUACAGUUUUGGCAGUAUCAAUACUAUGCUUGUUCAAGAAUAUUUUAUAUGUUUCAUCAUUUGGAUCUUUGCACAAAAAUGAACAAAAAAAACUAGUUAAUUAUACUAUUGAAAUUUUGAAUGAAACAUCAACAUCCAUUCCAAUUAUUUUGAAAAUAUUAGAUGUUAUUGAAUGCAUAAUACGGAAAAAUGGUCUAGAUCAAGAACAUCUCAAAUUGUAUCAGUCUCCAGACUUUAAUAAGCAAGUAAAAAGAUAUUGUGAUAGUCCUGUUAAAGAAAUACAAGAAAAUGCAAAAAAAUUAUUUCAAUUAAUUGAAAAUUCUUGUUAAUAUUAUAAGAAUUUUAUUAUAAAUUAUAUUUAAUUGAUAUAAAUGAAUGUAUGUUUGAACAAACUUUAUUAAAAAAGGUUGUGUCAAGUUACUUGAUUUGUAGUGCUCAUUAUGAAAUAUAAUAAAUGAAUUAUUAGCUUUAAGCAGUAUUGAUCUUACAAAAUACUUAAGAGAAACCUAAUUCAUCCAUUGACUGUUACUUAUUGUAAGCAAAGUUUAACUUAACAGAAGUCUAAUACCAUGAGGUGCCCUUAUAUAUGUGGCAUCUACCUCAUACAAACUACAGUUCCUUAUAAAUACUAAAUCAAUUAUUCAUUUAAUGAUCUAAUGAUGAUGAAAAUUAAAAUUAUUAGGCAUGAUUCAUUUGUAUAAAUAUCAACUACAACAAUACAAAAGGUUAAGGAUAUAACACUCUUAUUUUUCUUACACAUAUAUACAGUACAUAAAAAUUAUUUUCAGCAAAUUUUCAUAUAAUAUA